ACUAGAAACUCGAUAUUAAGGUAUAAUGCAUGACCACUAUUCAAACAGAGUGUUAGUACAUCUAUUAAUAUUUGAAAUCCCGAAAACUCUGAAAUCUCUGAUACAUUCACAUCAAACGUAUUCACAUCAAUCAACGAAAGACGAGCGGCGAUGGAGAAGCAGAAUGAAGAAGAAGAACAUGACAUUGAUAAGAAGCAGAAUGAAGAAGAACAUCACAUUGAUAAGAAGCAGAAAACGAAGGAGCAUCAACAGGAUGCAGAAGCUGUUAAAGCUCCUAAAAGGCGUGUGAAGAAACUGUCUCACAAGGAUAAUCUGGAUGCAUCAAUGGGCGUAGGUUACUACCUCAACUUAGAAUUAGUCCAGGGGAAAUCCCGCCUGUCCUUCCAGCUUGCCCCGGCCGCUUCCCUCAUCUGGCCAAGGAUGAUGUGGAAACACGUCUAAUCUUGACGAAGCGACAAUACAGAAAAAUGGUAGAAGCGAGGAUGAGGUCAAAUAAUUUUUUCUUCUUACUGCAGAGUCCGGAGCCAAAAGGGCUCUUUUUUUGAUCAAAAAUUCCAGAAGGGACACUUAAUUUCGGAAAAAAACAAAAUGGACAAAACGCUGGUCAGCGACUUGCAAGUCGCCUGGGGUCGCUGGACACCCAGCGACAUAUGCAUGUUUCACUGUACAACAACUUUUUUUGUUUUGUGGAAAUGUGUGGAUAUAUUGUUGUAUUCCUCAAA